GGGGAGAGAGAGAAAGACACAGAGGGAAGAGAGAGAAAGGGGAGGGCUGUAUGAUUUAGCUGCAGGAAGCAUUAAGAAGGAAAAACACUGCAAACGGGACGUGCAGCUUUCACUCUUUCAGUGUAGGGACGGGUUCCGUUCUGGCUCCUCAGAGGAGAACUUUUCCCACCGGGUCACACUUUGUUUCAGCUGCGCUCCCUCACUCUGGAGACUUGUCUUCUAAAUACAAUCCGGAUUUUUUUUUUUUUUUAACUGCUUUUCUCCUCUCCCCUCCGUUUCCCUACGCUGGGUGUAAUCUGUGUGGAGGCUCGGAAAAGAACAGAAAAAAGAAGAAGAAGAAGAAGAAGAAGAAGGCGACACCACAACAACAGGAGGACACGGGAUCGCUUCGGGGAUACCGUUUGGAGUUCUUGGAGAGGCGGGGAGAGAAAAACACAACCCCGCAUAAUGAAAGCCGCCUUGGGAUUCUGCUUGGUUUUCCUCACGCUGCGCUCUCCCGGCGUGCUGUCCCUGUCCACACAUGUAGCAAUCGUUUACCCCCAGGACCCUGUGCUUCGCAUGGGGUCCAACCUGACCGCCAGCUGCUGGGUCCACCCUGAACUCGGGGUCCACGCCAACUCUCUUUUCUGGACGCUGAAUGGUCAUCAGCUUCCCAGCUCCCUCUAUCGAGUGCUGAGCCCGACCAACCUGAGCGUGACCCUGGCCGGGCUCAACGCCUCCAGGCAAACCUCUGGCGACAACCUCGUCUGCCACAACCACAAGGGCCACAUAUUAGCUGGCUCCUGUCUCUAUGUUGGGAUGCCUCCAGAGAAACCAGUCAAUCUGACCUGCUGGUCCCGGAACACCAAAGACCUGACGUGCAGCUGGGCCCCCGGAGGAAAAGGAGAGACAAAUAUCAGCACGCUGUACAAGCUAAAGUACAAACUCAGAUGGUACGGCACCGAGAAGGAGUGCGAGGAUUACAGCCACACGCAGCCGUACUCCUGCAGUAUCACGCAGGACCUGCACCUCUUCACGCCGUAUGAGAUCUGGGUGGAGGCCUCCAACCGGCUGGGCCGAGCGACCUCUGAUGUCAUCAUCCUUGACAUCCUAGAUGUGGUGACCACAGACCCGCCGUCAGGUGUGACCGUCAGCCGCUUGGGCCAGCUGGAGGACCAGCUCAGCGUUCGCUGGGAGGCGCCGCCGGCUCUCAAAGACUUCCUGUUUAAGGCUAAAUACCAGAUCCGCUACAGGCUGGAGGAGAGUCAAGACUGGAAGGUGAUGAAUGAUGUCGGGAAUCAGACGUCGUGCAGGCUGGCUGGGCUGAGACCUGGAACGGUGUAUUUUGUGCAGGUUCGGUGUAACCCCGUGGGAAUCUACGGCUCUCGCAAAGCCGGGAUCUGGAGCGAGUGGAGCCACCCCACAGCUGCUUCCACACCCCACAGUGAGCGACUGAUGUCCUGUGACUCAAAGUCCAGCGGCGACUCCAACUCCACCCUGCGGCGGGAGCUGAAGCAGUUCCUCGGCUGGGUGAAGAAGCACGCCUACGGCUGCAGCAGUAUGUCCAUGAAGUUGUACGACCAGUGGAGGGUGGACAUGCAGAAAUCGCCAAAAACUCGCAACCAGGUUCUCCAAGGGGAUAAGUCGUAGCACAUGCAAGCCCUGCAAGCAGAGACGAACUGAACAAAUCCAGUUUGUAUUUCUUUUGUUUUUUUGGGGGGUGGGAGGGGUGGG